AUGGCAAGUGGGGUGCCGCUGGCUGGUCUUUCUUCGCAGCAGCCUCCUCGGUCUUGGGCUCAAAUCGCCUCUCAAGCCACUCGUACCAUUGUUGGAUCCCCUCUUUACAACUCUGAGAUCUUGGGGAAGAUUAAGGCCUCGUCAUCACAGUUUGUUCGGGUUGACAAUGAGGAGCUUGACCGAGCUCGUAUGAAGUUCCAAAACUCCUUGUAUGGUAAAUUUUUCGGCAAGCCACCGUCAUUUGAACAGGUGAAACUGAUUCUAAUGGCCAAGUGGGCUGAUCUCGGUGAGGUUUGUAUCUCUGAUCUUCCUAAUGGGUUCCUAUUGAUCCGUUGUGGCUCUCACUCGGUCAUGCAGAAGCUUCUUCAGGAUGGGCCUUGGUCUAUCAAUGCUUUUGCCAAGCUCAAUACGGCUGCAAUUUGGGUUCAGCUUCACAAUCUCCCUGUCGACUUUUGGGAUGGAGACUCUCUUGAAUCUCUUACUGCUCACCUUGGUCCUCUUCUGAAAGUGGAUGAUCUUACGUUAUCUCUGUCCCGGUCUAAGUUUGCUCGUGUUUGUAUUGAGAUUGAUAUUUCUAAACCUUUGUGUCGUGGUUUUCGGGUUGGGGAUGAUGCUCAUCGUGUUUUUGUGUUGGUUUUGUAUGAAAGGCUUCCCAUCUUCUGCUACUCUUGCGGGAUGAUUGGCCAUGGGUCCGAUUCGUGUCUCGGAGUAGCGGUAGGCUGA